UUGUUUUUAACAUCCGAACAGUAGUGCAGUGAACAUUCGUGUGAUAGGUAGUCAUUAACCAUACAACCAUGAAGAUUUUAAUGCGUGCUGACACCCACUAUAGUAUUGGUCGGGUCGUUGAAUAUGAAGAACCGAAAUUUACUUUAUCACAGGUCCUCGCUGCGAUAGCAGUUUCAAUGGGCUCUAUGAUCGUCGGCUACUCCUCCGCUUACACUUCACCCGCUUUAGCGUCUAUGGAAUUGAACACAACGAUAACAGUGACUAAGGAAGAGGCGAGUUGGGUCGGCGGUUUGAUGCCCCUCGCUGCUCUUGGCGGCGGAAUCAUCGGAGGACCUCUUGUCGAUUAUAUCGGACGAAGAAAAACUAUACUAUUCACCGCAGUGCCGUUCUUUGUUGGCUGGAUACUUAUCGCUGUAGCUUCAGCGGUACAUCUCAUUUUGUUAGGAAGGGCAAUAUGUGGAUUAUGCGUCGGCGUUGGCUCGUUAGCAUUUCCUGUGUACCUAGGCGAAUCUAUCCAACCAGAGGUCCGUGGAGUUUUAGGGCUAUUUCCAACUGCGCUUGGAAAUAUAGGAAUUUUAAUUUGCUACGUCGCUGGUAAAUACUUAGACUGGUCUCAAUUAGCUUAUAUGGGGGCUGCGUUGUCCGUUCCUUUCUUUUUGUUAAUGCUUGCCAUCCCAGAAACACCGCAAUGGUAUCUGUCGCGAUCGCGUUCAGAAGAAGCUCGGGAAUCAUUACAAUGGCUUCGAGGUAAGAAUUCUAAGAUUGACAAUGAAAUUCGUGAUAUGGCGAUGUGCGAUGCACAAAAUCAAAGUGAUGAUUCUAGUUUAAAAGAAUUGUUUAGUAAAAAAUACAUGAAGUCGAUCUUAAUUUCCUUGGGUUUAAUGCUGUUUCAGCAACUAUCUGGUAUAAAUGCUAUAAUUUUUUAUACUGUCGAUAUAUUUAAAAUGUCUGGUAGUGCAGUCGAUGAAAAUCUAUCAACAAUCAUAGUUGGAGUUGUCAACUUCAUGGCGACAUUCGUGGCAACCCUGGUAAUAGAUUUUGCUGGGAGAAAAAUUUUACUGUACAUUUCUGCCAUAGUGAUGACUAUUACGCUAGUAGCAAUGGGAACAUUCUUUUUCGUGCGGGAAAAUCUUCAUAUUGACGUUUCGCAUCUAGGUUGGUUACCUUUAACGUGUUUAAUGGUUUAUUUGCUGGGAUUUUCACUAGGUUACGGACCUAUUCCAUGGCUAAUGAUGGGUGAAAUUUUGCCAGCAAAGAUAAGAGGUCCAGGUGCAUCAAUAUGUACAGCAUUUAAUUGGACGUGUACAUUUAUUGUCACAAAAAGUUUUCAAAAUAUCGUCGAUGGUAUAGGCCCCGCGGGAACUUUCUGGCUUUUUGGUUGCAUCUGCUUUAUUGGUAUAUUUUUUGUCAUAGUGUGUGUUCCAGAAACACGAGGAAAGAGUUUAGAGCAGAUUGAAAAUAAGUUAACUGGGCGACGAAUGGCUAGAACAAGACGAAUGAGUUCCAUCGCUAAUAUUAAACCACUACCGUUUGGUUGUUAAUUAGCUCACAUUUAUUGUUUGUGCGUAGUAGGAGAAUAAUCUCUUUAUGGUUACUUACAAGUGUGUAGAUGUAGGUGCUGUACAUAAUUAGUCAUUUAGCAUAACAAGUUUGCAAUUUGAUAAAAAUACAUUAACAAUUUUUUUUACUCGAUUAUGAGUAAUUGAUAUUACACGAUUGUAUUGCAAUGUAAUUCUCAUCUUUACGAGUAUGUUCAUUUAGUGAAGAUAUUUUGAAUAAUUUCCAUUUGAAUACAAGUAAUUGGUAUAGUAUUAUAUUGGUGUAUUAUUUUAUAAAGUAACUAGUAAUAAUAUUCUC